AUGUACUGGGUACAGCCUGGGGGUCAAAUCAUCGGCGAUCAAACAUUCGACGCUUUUUCUCACACAGACCAUGACAACCAUCUGCAGAAGUAUAUGACCUCUAGAAAGGACAUUGCUUCCCGAAUCUCGAAAGUUCAAAUCUGGGCAGCCAUUGGAACCACGCUUGUUGGCUUUGUUCUCCAGUUCACCGGACUUCGUGGUAUACAUUCCUCUGUCUCCUUGGCUCAACUGGGUGUCAUCAUGGUUAUGAGCAUCGCGAGAGCUGCCCUACGCAUGCAGAGAUUGAAACCAGAAGAUAACAGCCUAGCUGAAUUCCCCGACGAAGUUCUGGGCCAUGAGCUAGACUGGCUCGCUAUGCGGAUGGGCCGAGAAGUCAUUGAAGAGGAUCUUGGUAAAAGUCUGCCUGCAAGUCAUCAGUCUUUUGGUUCAACCCUCACUUCGCUUUCACCUCCUUCGAACCCUCCACCUUAUUCCUCUUAUCAACCUUCAAGCUCUCAACACUCGCGGCCCCGUUAUUUUUGGAAAGUUUUCGAUCGCGCUGAUGGAACAAACAUCAGGCUACAACACUCAACCCCCAGUGAUCAACACAAUGCCGCCGCCAAAAUUCUGGCCUACCGAACCCGACUCACAUCAUUGACCGACUCAUCUGCACUGCGCUCCUCCCUUGCCAGGGACUUCAAGGAUGAUAUGGUGCAGGUCCGAGGUGCCAGUCUUCAGCUCGCUACAAUGAUUGACGCAACCUUGAAAAUGAUCCGGUCAAAAGCCAAAAUUCAGGAGGACUGGUUGAACAAGAUGAAGAAGCAACCCAGCGCAGAGUGCCCAUCGUUAUUUUGGGGCCUGGAAUGCAUACUCUCCCGAGAAGCAGAUCCCAACAUCGAAGGCCCAGUUACCCGAGGUUCCAACACCCACCGGACACACACUGUCUACAUUGAACUUGUCCCCGAGGAUGCCGAUAACGAGAACGGCCCUUGGAUUCUCAAGAACAAGCGAGAACUCGAAGGUAUACUCGGGCUAUGGACGUGGUCAUUGAAGGCGCAUCCGGACAUAGAAACAGUAGACUUUGAUACUGGCCUCACAAUGUCAGUUUCCGGUGACAUUCAAAGCCGACGGAUUGUCCCCGCUAGCCAAGCAGAUCGAGACACGGGGGAUUUGACAAUGUGGCUCGGAGAAGACAUGGACAUCAUCACAAAACACUCUCUACACCCCGCUUCCGAUGAUCCUCUCGACCUGAGCAUUAUAUGGAGACGCAUGGUCAAAUCAAAGCUCAAGCAAAUUUCCCCCCACCAUGAACUGAGGAAGGCCCAGCCAGCUGUAUCGUACCAUAAACAAUGGUUCCGCUUUUUCGGCUGGAAAGCGUCAAACUCACCAGAAAAUCAUGAAAACCCCACACCGAGCGUCUGGUCCUCCCCCGUGCAAGGCUCGCUGGUGUCUGCGUGUGCCCAGGAAGUUUCUAUUUCAUUCCUCGGUGGCAUUCUCGACAUAGUGGAAGAUCUCGGUGACGUCAAUAUCCAAGAGACAAAGAGUUUUCGACUCGAAAAUAGCCUUGUGACCGAAAUUGUCGAACUUUUCACAGAGAUGCAACUGGGCUCGAGGCAAGAAGCACUUAUGUGUGUGCUGCCCUUGAUGAUAUCACGACUGAGAGUCUCUUCUACUGAAGGUGGUUUGGAUGCAGCAAUAACUACUGCAACAGAUUACCGACGACGCGAGGAGUGGGGGAAGGCAGAAGCUCUCCUACGUUGGGCUUGGAGGAUGUGUGCUCCACCUAGUCCGACACGCGUCGCCCAAAACAGUGGCAAUGAAAUACGGAACAAUCUUUCUGAGAAAGUCGCAACUGCUCUGUGCGAGCUCUACAGGUGGGUCUUAGUGGAAGAGUCUACUAGGGCAGUUGGCAAGACCGGCAUCGACUGGCUCUAUCAACAAAGUUCGAGUCAGCCGACUGCCAUACGUGCGAUAGUUGAACGCUACCUUUGUGUCGCGAACAAGAGUUCAUCAUAUCUACCAAAUGACUCCAAGGAUGAUGCAACCGAUGACCAUUUGACCAAAACACUGGUUUUCAUCACCAACCCAAAAUCAACUCUGACAAAGUCGAAGAAGGGAGAAGCACUUUGUUUGGCGGUGAAACAUGGAUGGGAUGAGGUUGUGCUUGCUUUGCUCGAGAUAGGAACCGACCUUAAUUUCAAAGACGCAAAGCACUCUAGAACCCCAAUUUCCUAUGCAGCAGGCAAUGGGAAUAUCAAGAUUGUGAAAGCGUGUCUGAGUCGGAAAGCAUUCCCCGAUGCAAAAGAUUCUGGGCGUAGAACACUUCUAUCAUAUGCAGCAGAAGCAGGAUUCGACUUGGUGGUUGCGCUCUUGCUGAAAGACGUUCGGGUUUCUCGAAAUGAACCUGAUGAACUCGGGCGCACGCCUUUGUGGUGGGCUGCGAGCAACGGGCGGGAACUCGUGAUUGCCCAGCUCAUUCGUGGGAUUGAAAGUGAGAACCUAGUCCUCGAGGAUGCAAGCGGCCUGACUCCCUUACACUUGGCGGCAUCUGAGGGGCGUGAACCUAUUGUCGGCCUUCUACUUAACAAGGGGGUGACUCCAGACCUGAGACACUCCCAAUCCGGGGAGACUCCAUUGCAUCGGGCAGCAUCCCGGGGGCAUGAUUCUAUAGUCAAACUAUUGCUGAGCAGGGGGGCCGAUCCAAACCCGAAAUCGAGAAAUCAUGGACGCACUCCCUUACACGAGGCAAUAUCCGGGGGACAUGAGUCCACAGCCAAGCUGUUGCUAGACGGGGGGGCCGACUAUGCCGCUUGUGAUUGCACUCCAUUGCACAAGGCGGCAAUCCUCGGCCAUGAGUCUAUAGUCAAGCUGUUCCUUGAUAGGGGGGCAAAUCCAGACCUAAGGAUGAAAGGUUCUAGUCGCACACCAUUGCACGAGGCGGCAUUCGAGGGACAUACCGCGACGGUCCAGCUCUUGCUUGACAGGGGGGCGACUGUAGACCCUAUCGAAGAUUCGGGAGAUACUCCAUUACAUCAGGCUGCUUCGCGGGGACACGAGUCUACUUUAAAGCUGUUACUAGAGAAGGGUGCGGCUCUGAAUCAGACUGACAAGCUCAAUGGCCGCACUCCAAUACACAAGGCGGCAGCAUCCGGGAAGAGUGCAUCUGUGCAGCUCUUGCUUGAUAGUGGAGCAGUUAUAGAUGCCACGGACCGCUAUGGCCGCACCGCACUACACAUGGCAGCAGUGCAAGGGCAGGAAUCCACUACAAAGCUGUUACUCGAUAGAGGAGCGGCCCCGGAUGCAACCGACGACAACGGCCGCACUGCCUUACAUGAUGCAGCUUCCUCGAGGAAGGUGUCUAUCGUGAAGCUGUUACUUGAUAGGGGGGCAGCUCCAGCCCCAACGGACGCGUCCGGCCGCACUCCAUUGCACUUAGCAAUGGCAUACAAAGAGGAAGUGACUACUGUCCGGCUGUUACUUGAUAACGGCGCUGCUCCAGACCCAACAGACGCAUCUGGCCGCACUCCAUUACACAAGGCGGCACACUCGGGCUUCAAGUCUUCCGUCCAGCUAUUGCUUGACAGAGCGGCGGCUAUCGGUCCUCCAAGGGACGCAUCUGGUCGCACUCCGCUACACGAGGCAGCAUCCCCGGGGCGUACGUCAAUCGUGAAGCUGUUGCUUGAUAGGGGGGCAGAUCUGGACUCGACCGACGCCUCUGGCCACACUCCACUAGACACGGCCAAAUUGGAGAAGCAUGCGUCUACUGUUGAAUUGUUGCUUGGAUAUGGGGUAACUAUUCGAAGGUCUGAUAACUGA